AUGAACGAGAGAGAGAGACGAACAAAGCGUUCGAAUGUGCCUUCGGUGGUUUGUUUUUCCCGUUUGCCUCCCGGGGAGGGCGUCGAGGCUGAAGUGCUGGAGCUUGCAGGCAUGUUUGGUGAGGUGUUGCAGUCAAAGUUCUCUGACUGUAAGGCCUUGAUAGAGAUGGUUGACUGGCAUGAUGCCGACAUCAUGGUGAAGUAUUACUACAGUAACCCUCUGAGGAUUCAGGGCAAAAGUGUCAAAGUGACCAUGACGCACAUCACAAGCCUGAGAGAAAACAGUCCUCCGCCUGUGAGCAGAAAAUCUGACUCCAGCAAAUACAGCAGACAAAGAGAGGAGUCCACGUCUAGCAACAAGGACAAAAGCGACAGCUCAAACCAAGAAACCACAGAGAAAGAAGACGAGGUGCUGGAUGAAGAGGAGGGUGAACAAGCGAUGCUUCACGAGAGAAGAGAUGAGGAGGAAGAAAAGAAGGAAGAGGAAGAAAAGCUGGAAGAGGAGAACCCUAACGCUGCUGAGGAGGAGAAUAGAGAGGGAGGUUCAAAGCAGAAUCAAGAGGAAGAGCGUGAUUUGGAUGAUGCAGAAUUUCCAGAAAACAUUGAAGAUUUCGUUACAUUAGAUGAGCUGGACAACAAUGCAGGAGACUCCACUGUGCCAAAGGAUUGUAAAGUAGUGGUGGUGUGGCCUGUAAAGAAGACCCCGGACUUGAUGAAGGAUCUUUACAGUCUGUCUGCACCCUUUGGCAGCAUGGUCAAGCAUUUAUCCACGUUCAAGCAGGAGGCUAUGAUUGAGCUGGAAACGGCUGAAAAAGCCCAAGAAAUGGUGCAGUUCUACAGCGAUCACAAGGCAACGAUAUGCGGCAGGCCGGUGUCUGUUUCCAUGUGCCUCACCAUGAAAACAAUAGAGAGCCCUAGCGGGAGGUCCGUUUUCAUCAGCUCUCUUCCCAACCAGAGGUACCUGCGACAGAAAUACACACACAAAUCCCUCUUCAAGCUGACUAAGCCUUUUGGGAGACUGACUGGCUAUUCUCUGCACAGGUAUCAAGGAACGUGUUACAUGCAACUGGAAAGUACGAAGGCAGCUGAAAAAAUGGUUGCGCAGUACAAUCGGCGGUCUUGCAGAUUUUGGGGGUCGGUGCUGAAGAUAGUCAUGUGCAAGAAAGGGGACUCUCUGAUUCGCUGGAGAUACCCUGAAAAGGCAGAAGAGAGAGAGUCAAAAAAGGACACAAAAGAAAUUAAACCAAGCACUGAAAGGACAGAAAAUGACCGGGUAAUCAAGA